AUGGCAGAUCUUGAAAAUGAAGUUGAAGUUCCUCGCUUUUUCUUGUGCCCGAUUUCACUCGAGAUCAUGAAAGACCCGGUUACACUCUCCACAGGAAUCACCUACGAUCGAGACACCAUCGAAAACUGGUUAUUUUCACGAAAGAAUAACGUCUGUCCCGUAACCAAACAAGUCGUUGCGGAUAUCGACCUCACCCCAAACCACACCCUUCGCCGGUUAAUCCAAUCAUGGUGCACACUCAACGCGUCAUCUGGGGUCGAAAGGUACCCCACACCACGCCCUCCAAUCUCCAAAACCGAAAUCACCAAACUCCUAAAAGACUUAAACUCCCCUAACCAUCAAAUGAAGAGUUUAACAAGAUUGAAAUCUAUCGUUUUAGAGAGCGAAAAGAACAAGCGGUUGAUGGAAUCAGUUGGUGCAGCUGAUUAUUUAUCAAACAUCAUAACUAACAUAAAUAGUGGAAUAACAUCGUCUUCACGUGACGAAGCUUUGUAUAUUCUUUACCACAUUAAACUGUCACCAAUCGGUCUUAAAACACUAGGAAAGACCGGAGGUCUCUUUGACGCACUUAGGUGCAUCAUGCAACGCGCCUGGAGUUAUGAGGCGCGUGCUUACGCGGUCAUGUUACUGAAAUCAAUGUCUGAGGUGGCGGAGCCAAUGCAAGUAACGUCAUUAAACGUUGAGUUCUUUAAAGAGCUUGUAAACAUAUUGACGGAUCAAAUCUCCGAAAAAGCCACAAAAGCAACGCUUAAGUUGCUAAUUAGCGUGUGUCCAUGGGGACGGAACCGAAUAAAAGCGGUGGAGGCUGGAAUAGUUUCAGUGUUGAUUGACGCACUAUUGGAUUGUUCAGAAAAAAGAGUCACUGAGUUGAUUAGCAUGGUUUUGGUUCAGGAAUGUCAGGCUGCGGAUGGGCCGGCGGAGCUUUUGAAACAUGGUGGUGGUUUGGCGGUUGUUUCGGGGAUGGUAUUUGGUGUGUCGCCGGUGGCGAGUGAGAGGGCGGUGAGGAUAUUGUACUCGGUAGCGAUGUUUUCGGGUAGUGUGCGUGUUUUGCAAGAGAUGAUUGAGUUGGGGGUGGUUGAGAAGCUUGUGUUAGUGUUGCAAGUGGAUUGUGGAAGGAAGAUGAAGGAGAAAGCUAGGGAGAUUUUGAAGAUUCAUUCAAGGGUUUGGAAGAAGUCUCAGUGUAUAACAUAUGAUUUGAUUUAGAAAGAAAAAAAAAGUUAAAGAUCCAAUGACGAGGAAAAAAAACCUCAUGACAGAUAGAAAACAAUUGUUGAUAUGAUUUUGUAAAAAUUAUUAAAGAACAAAACAACGGGGACAAAAGGCAGG